UCAGUUUAGAAUAGAAUAUAAUAGUUUUUUUAUUGUCAUUGUACAGCUGUACAAAGAAAUGUUUUGCUCUCACAUUGAAAGUACACACAUACAUACAAAAAUUUUCAUUUAACAAAAUGUAAACAAUGAUACAGAAAAAGUAAACGGUGCAAAUGUAAAGACAGCAUACCACACCAGAAUGCCAUGGGAAAGUAUGCUUCCUACUGAAAAGUGGUAAAAGGACACAAGCAGCUGCUGAGACAGGUUAGUUUUCCUCAUCCUCAGAAAGUACAGCCUUCUUGAUGCCUUCCAGGGAUGUUGUGUUAACAGUCCAUGGGAGGUCCUGGGAGAUGUGUGUGCUAAGAAAUUUAAAGGUGGUCACCCUUUCCACCAUUUCUCCUCGAGUGUAAAGAGGGGCUGGGUCCUCUUUCUGUUUCUGGAAAUUGAUGAUGACCUCCUUUGUUUUGGAGGUGUUGAGUGCCAGGAUGUUAUUGAUGCACCAUUCUGAGAGUUCAGCCACCUCCUCCCUGCUGGCAGACUCAUCACCAUUUGUUAUUAACCCCACCACAGUGAUGUCAUCUGCACAUUUAAUGAUUGUGCUUGUACUGUGGGUUGGUGUGCAGUCAUGGGUGUAUAGUGAGUAUAACAGAGGACUCAGCACACAGCCUUGUGGAGCACCAGUGCUGAGAGUCAGAGUGGUUGAGUGAUGUCCCCCCAGCCUGACAGUCUGUGUGCGGUUUGUUAGAAAAUCCUUUACCCAGAAUCAUAUGUAAUCACUGACACCCAGGUUAAGCAGCUUGGUGAUCAUUCUGCUGGGAAUGAUAGUAUUAAAUGUGGAACUAAAGUCCACAAACAACAUCUUUACAAAUGAUCCCGGGGGCUCUGAAUGAUUCAGCGCGGUGUAGAGAGCUAUGUCGAUGGCAUCAUCAGUUGAACUGUUAGCUCUGUAUGCAUACUGAUGUUGAUCCAGGGUGGAAGGAAGUGAUGAUUUAAUCUGUCUGAGUACCAGCUUCUACAAACACUUCAUCACAGUGCAAGUGAAAGCCACAGGUCUGUAAUCAUUAAGACUGCUGAUAGCUGGUUUCUUGGGGGUGGGCACAAUGGUGGCAGACUUGAAGGAGUUGGGGACAGUGCAUGUUGACAAGGAGAGGUUGAAGAUGUUACAGAAAACCUCUGCCAACUGAUCAGCACAAUCUCUGAGUGCCCUUCCAGGAAUGCCGUCUGGACCAGCGCCUUUCUGGGAUUGACACUACGGAGCACUUUUCUGACCUCUGCUGUACUCACAGAAGGUGCCAGGCUGUCACUGGAUGGUAACAGCACAUACUCAGUCUCAUCCGUGCUGACAUCAAAGCGGGCAAAGAAGUGAUUUAGUUCCUCUGCCACGAGUCGCUUGUGCUGCUUUUAUAAUUAGCGAGAUGUUGGAUACCCUGCCAAACUCUCCGAGGGUCUCCAUUACUAAAGUGGCCUUCAAUUUUCUGCCUGUAAGCUGCUUAAUAUAUCAUAAUUUAUACAAAGUUAUAAAAGUGCAUGUACAAUAAUUAUAUUAAAAUAGGUUGAACUAUAUAAUAGAUGAACUAUGUGUAUGUGUGUUAUGAAAGUGCAUGUAUAAUAAUUAUAAUAUUACAGAAGAACUUUCACAGUGCAGAACACUAUAUAAGAGGUAUGUUGUUACCAUAAGUUAUCUGUUUCUAUGAAAAAAUUAAGUAAAAAAAACAAAAAUCAACUAGGCCAACAUAAUAUGUGGCUAAUUAUAAACGUGUAUAAUAAUUAUACAUAGAUUUAGAUUAACUAUAUUAUGUCAGUUCAGAACACUGAGAAAACGGAUAAAUAUGAUGCAUUGGACAAUUAGUUUUUUAACAUUUUAUACAAAGUUAUAGAAGUGCAUGUACUAAUUAUAUAAAAAUAGGUUGAACUGUAUUAUAGAUGAACUAUGUCACAGUGGAGAACACUGCUGACACUUUGAGACAUGUCACAACAGCUAUUGUUAUGCAUUCUCCUGCAUUAGAUGCUGAAAGCAAUCUACAGAAUGACAUCAAAUUGUGUGUAUAUAAGCAUUCCUCCAUAACAUGUUCUAACACACACAGAGAGUAGGGAAUAUUAGAUCAUCUGUUCAAGUGUGCAUGAUAAAGCUAUUGGAAUGGGAUCAAAUGGUGAUUCAAGAAAUGCUGUUGACUCACACGAAUCAGAGAACAGUUCAAUCACUGUCCCAUCUUGCAGGCAGAAUCCUCAACCACAGGGCUUACCAGCUGGUUCCUAGUGUGGGUUUCUUGCUUUCCCACUUUAGCCCCAAAACUCCUGAACCCACCCAACUAAAGUGGGGUGGAAUUUCCCAAUGCUUGUAAACAACUGUAAAAGAGUCUGAUUUAAAAGCCCCUAUCGUGACUGCCAAGUUUCCUGUGAAGAUUGCGAUACCACUGCUGCAGAGUUGACCUAAAACCCGAUUCUGAGUCACUCUGAGCCCUCAAGGCUUUGACUUUGUGUUUCCCAAGAGACACUACACAUCCAUCUGUGUUUAUUCAAAAAUCCGCUAGGCUGUUCUUCUCUGUUUUAAAUUAUAGCUGUAGCGCCAUCUUUGUUUUUUUUCUGGGAACUUGGAAGAGGGGCAGGAUAUAUGGAAAUGAACCUUAACAAUAUGAACAGGAAGGAAGCGUAGGCCGAUCAGUCCUGGGGAACAUUGGCAGGGAGUUCAAGUCCAAUGCUUUCUUUUCGGCUUGCAGUCCCUUGAGAUUACAGAAGCCACUGCUGCAGGCAUGUGCAGACCACAAUGGCACUUUCAGCUAGAUAAACAACUGUCUUAGCAGUAGUCCAAAAUGAGCUAUUUUACACUGAAAUAAUACUAAAUGACAAUUUGGUUAUUGUAAUAAAGGAUCAAGAGUCACUUUAUUGUCAAUCAGGAGAGAAAACAAGUUAUUGCUUUACUGAGGCAUGCAAUGCAGGAAAACACAACAGCCCUUACAAAAGAAGAGAAUACUAGCAUUCAGGUUGAAAUAAUUAAAAGAAAAUAAAUAAAUAAAAUAUUAGAAAAAAAAGUUGUGGAAAGAGACCAGAUUUUGAUAAAUAAAAUAAGGCAUUAGAAUAUAUAAUAUAUAUAAUAUAUCCGUGGGUGCAAGAGCAGUAGGUUGUCUGUGUAGCAACAAUCAAAUACAAUAAUUAAAAUGUAACUGGGUGGAAUUUGGGAGACAAAACACUGAUAAAUAUAUCAACUGAAUUAGCCUUUUAAAAUAAAAUUUUAAAAAGUAACUGGGUAGAAAAAUAUAUUUGAUGCCUCAAAAAUGAUCUUUUCAAAUAUUUAAUAAACUUAUAGCUAUUCCUAAUGAAAGUUAAAAACAAAAGCAGGGAUGCAAAGUAGGGCACAUCUGGUUUUACUCACAAAGCUUUUUGUGCUGACAUACGCACAGGCAUAUGGAGGGGAUUAAAAGGUUUUGGAUUAAUACCAGGUUACUGUGUUUGUGCAAUAAAGUUUCUUAUAAUGGAAUUCAUGGGGACCAAUGCAUAGAUGAGGCUUUCUCUAAAAAUAAACAGUGCGUGUCUAGUUUCUCAGUUUCCUGACUGUAGGUCUGACGUCAUGUUGAAGCAAAGCAGAGGGGACGUGCAACUCCAGCCAAGUUUCGGCAGGAUCAAGCCUGAGACAAGAGCCGCCCCCUCAGCUCCCCCUAUCCUUUCUCACAGUCAUCAGGAAAGACAGGGCCAGAACUCUGAGAGAGCAGGGAGAGAAGAGACGAAGAGAAGAACAGUACAGAAGAUCACACUAGAUGUCCAACAAUCGUCUCCCAUAAGACAAAAUGGACAAGCAAAAACUGAGGGCUGAAAUCAGUCCUCGAGUGUCCAAGAACUCUGCACAGCGCCUAAGCAGGGAUCUCACCUGCUCCAUCUGCCUGGACCUGUUCAAGCACCCGGUUUCCUUGCCCUGUGACCACACUUUCUGCGAGGCCUGCAUUACGAGUUAUUGGAGCGGCCCUCGUGGAAAAGGCCAGGGUGGAUCUGGUUCCUGUCCUCAGUGCCGGAAAGUCUUUCCAGGCCAGAGCUACAGACCCAACCGCAUUGUGGCCAACAUCGUGGAGAGCUACUGCCAGGGAAUCGAGGAGAGUGGGGGUCGUCUGACCGGGUUGUCAGCAGACACGGUUCCUCCGAACCCACUUUGCAGCCGACACAGAGAAGAGCUGAAGCUGUAUUGUGAGGAAGACCAAGAGCUGGUGUGUCUGGUGUGUGGGAUCUCUCAGGAUCACCGGGCUCACACGCUGGUGUGCGUGCAAGAUGCACAGCAGAGAUAUCGGGCUUCCCUAACCACUUCAGCAAAUGCUCUUCAAAAGGAGCUCAACACUGCUCUAGAGUGUGAGAGAGAAACUGAAAAGGAGGUGAAGAAACUGAAGGACCACACUGCGGAUCUGAAGCAGAGAAUCGAGGCACAGUUCAGUGAGCUUCACCAGUUCCUGUACCAGGAAGAGAAACUCCUGCAGGUUAAGCUGAAGACGGAGGAACGGCGAGAGCUGAUAAGGCUGGAUGAGCACAAGGCCCUGCUCAGUGUGGAGAUAUCACGCCUGCGCAGAGCUAUGAAUGACAUCGAGGACAAACUCAGUGAACAGGAUCCUUACACUCUACUCAGGAGUAUAAAGGGCCUGCUUCAGAGCAGGCAGCCACCGAAGUUUGAGAAGCCGGUGCUGACACCACCCAGACUGUGUGAGGGCCGCUUUGCUGGGCCCCUGCAGUACAGAGUGUGGAAGUCACUGAAGGGAAGCAUCUAUCCAGUUCCCUCAGCUAUCACAUUUAACUCCAAAACAGCCAACCCCUGGCUCAGUCUUACAUCUUCGCUUACCUGUGUGCGCUACCAGACCUUUAACAACACAGUGCAGGACAAUCCACAGCGAUUCAACGCCGCGCUAUCUCUCUUGGGCAGUCAAGGGUUCACUAAAGGCCGCCACUACUGGGAGGUGGAGGUGUACAGCAGCACCGUGUGGACCGUGGGAGUUGCUCGUGAAUCCGUCUCGAGAAAAGGCGUCAUCAAUACCAUGCCUGCCAAUGGCUUCUGGACACUCUCACUAUCGUAUGGAGUUCAGUAUAUGGCCGGGACGUCUCCACCAACAUUGCUGUCUUUAGAAGAGCCACUGGCGAGGAUCGGCGUGUAUCUGGACUACAAAAGAGGCCUGGUGUCCUUCUACAAUGCCGAAAGCAUGACGCACCUCUACACCUUCAAGGACAUCUUCACCGAGACCCUCUACCCUUAUUUUAACUUGGGCUUCCUGGAUAAAGUGCAUGAAAAUGAGCCUCUUAAAGUGUUCCUACCUAAAAUCUGAUUUUUUUUUCAUGGUUUCUUUAAUAAUGUUAAUAUUUCUUUUUCAUAUAAACACUAGGCUGGACCUGGGCAUUUUAAGUUAAUACUGUUUGUUUCUGAGACUUGCCAUUUCCAAAAAAAGAAAAAAAACUUUAAAAAAAUGACAUGCAAAAUUGCAUUUGGCUAUACUGUCUUAACAUUACAGUGGGUUAGUGGAGGCACAUGAAGAUGAAACAAAAUCUUCAAAAAUGGUGGAAACCAUGGCUUAUGACCCUUUCCCACAUUAAAGGAUUUUAAUUUAGACUACCAGGCAUGUUACCCCAUUACCUGGCAGAUAUCAUAUAUUCUACAUGUUUCUGUGAUAUUUGAUUUUAUAAACAAAGGGGUGAGGAUUUGGCUGGUCAGCAUGGUCAAGCCAGCCCCUGCUGGUAGAUGUCGUAACUACACUGUUGUGAAAGCAUAAACCUUUUUUUCCCCAUUGACAGUCAUUCAAAAUUGGCUGUGUAUUUUAAUAUUUUUGGCAAGCAACAUAUAAUCAUAAAAUAUACAUAAAUAUUUCAGUAUAGUGGAUGUUUAACCAGUAACUGAUAUUUUUUAGAUGAUCCUAAAAGUGGACUUAAAUUUUACUCUAUGUAAUUCAUUUGAUGUCACAUCUCAGGACUAUCACUAGUGAGGGGUUUAUGCAUGUUCUUGUGCCAUCAGCCAAUUAAAAGAUUUAUUAGGACACAAGCAUACUUCCACUUUCACCGAGAUAAAUGGGAAUGCUAACACAUGUGUUAUGGACCUUACUGUCUACAUGGUCCUCAUUCAAAUCCUGCAGAGAAAGAGAAAAUAUACACUAAGUCAUAGGAUGAUAGGCAGUCUACAGUCUAAAAUCUACAAGACUAAUGAUUUCAUAUUAUUUUGAUACAAACAUGUACAAUCCAUAAAAAAACUGAUUAAAAACCACCAACAAAAUGUUCUGCUUCAUGUUUACUGUCUGUGAAAUAUUUAACAAUCUUUACCGUCUCAUGCAGUUACCAUCACUAACCAAAAGAUGGUGCAAUUGUACUGACGGAAAGACUGAGAGCGCUACCCACGCUAAC